UUUUUUAAAAAAGUUGAAUAGCGGUCAUCUUUGAGUGCAGGGAGGUUUGCCAUGAUAUGAUAAUGAUCCGGGGUGGUCCAUACAACAUGGCGUACGUGAUUAAGAAGACAAAAUCUGGCAUAGUGCUGCCAUACCUACCUGCUGAGGGACAACUCAAGGACGGACGCAAGGUCAUACUGGAGUACUACAAGGACGAAGACGAAGCACAGGUUCAUGCCAUUAUGAAGUAUAUCGUCAAUGAGGAGGGCGAUUGCUUUCCUUCGGAAGACCUAAGUAAUGUUGAGGACUUCCGAGCUUAUUAUCCGUUAUUUGACCUCUUUGUUUGUCGUGACGUCACUUCCGGUGAGGUAAUAGGAAGCUUAUACGUGAAGCCUACUUUCCCGGGACGAUCUUCACACAUUUGUAACGCUGGUUUUGCAGUUAAGAAAUCAUUUCGAGGAAAAGGUAUGGGGAGGUUCCUGGCUGGACACUAUCUUCAAAUUGCGCGUGAUCUUGGUUUCCAAGCAUCUUUGUUCCGUCUAGUGUUUGCGUCCAACGAAGCUUCUGUAAAUUUGUGGCGAAGCAUGGGUUUCAUAGAGACUGGGCGCAUCCCUAACGCGGGAUACCUCAGGGGGCGUGGCCUUACUGAUGCUUUACAGUUUUAUUAUGAUUUAACCAAAAUAGAAAAGAAAGUUUAAUCAAAUCACCUGAACGACAUGUUUGUAUAAUUUAGUUGUUGAACGAAUUUUCGCGUAUAUUUGUCAUCUGAUGGGGAUCAACACUCUCGUAUACCAAAAACAUCUCUGUAUGGUUGACAAAUGUACUUGUUUUGAAUUUAAUGUCAAGCUCACUUUACAACCUGUAGUUUCAAACGAGUAACUCUGUCACAACUAUAUUUUUAACGUAAUGAAUGCGGCUAGCAUCAUAGUCAUAUCAUUACGUGGUGGUGAAUAUAAUUACGUUGACAAACAAAUCAGGAUGAAUUACUGGAGAUGAAAACACAAUGAUUAAUUUGUUAAUGUCAUAGUACAACAAUUAAACAAUUAAAACAGUCAAUACAUUGCAACAAUUGUAUAGAUUUGUUUUAUACGCCUGCAACAAGGGAAGUGUAUGCUGUCAUAACGCUCUUCGUCCGUUCGUCAGUACGUAUUUGAGAAACCAAAUGCAUAUUUUCAACAUAUAUGCAACAGUUUAUCAUGCAAACGAACUCCAUGAUGUGGAAAAGAUCCAAUUGAUCUUUCUUAAAAUAAUUCCGUGUUCUGCUUUAACAUUCACACAAGUAAAUCACUCUCUCCCACUCUUUGCUACUAUUUAGUAUUUGAGCUGUUUUUAGCGUUAACAUCAAAAGCUCAAAAGAGCAACAAUCUAGAUUCAUGUAUACAUACCUGACACAAACUAACAAUUGUCUUA